AUGGGCAUCAAAGACUUGGCUGUAAGCUAUGUGCUUUUUUCGGCCCUUCAUCUGUGCUGCUUCGCGCUCGCCCUGACCACAUGUGGUCUAUACGGCACCGACCUCCAUCGCGCCAACCAACAACACAAAUACUCAGACUCGAAAUGGGUCUACGCCGUGGUCGUCGGUAGUAUCUCAGCGGUCACAUGUGUUGUCUACUUUGUCCCCUUCAUCCUACGUAUCGCGGGAGUUGUCGUUGCGAUAUGGGACUUUAUCCUCUUCAUCCUCUGGAUCGCCCUCUUUGGCGUCUUUGGAAAGAUGUACAUCAAUGAGGAUGCCGAGGGCGAUAGCGAUGUCCAGCGCAUGAAGAACGCUGUGUGGGUUGACUUGACCAGCGCCCUACUGUGGUUCAUUGCGACUCUGGCCGCCCUUGGAUAUUGGUGGAAGCACCGCAACACGCGAUCGCGCUUUACUGGUCGUGCCCACGUUUGA